AUGUCCGACACUGGAAGGCCCACCAACCCAGAUGGCCUAGUUCUCGAAGCCUGGGGCCAGGGCUUUAUGCUUGGCAGUCUGCUAAUUAUGGCGGCUGUCACCGUCUGCAACAUGAAGAAGCAUAUUCUUCUUCACAAGCUCAUUCUGGCCGAGCUAAUUCUGGCCAUGGCCAAUGGCACAUUCAUCUUUCCACAUGAUCCGGUUUAUGGCUGGUACCAAUCCGUCACCGCCAUAGGCCUCAACGUCUCCUGGGCUCUGCACAAUGUCAUUGCCUGGAUUAAAAACAAGCCUUUUCUAUCACGACGUCUUUCGAUGAUCUACAUAAUUACGGUCAUGCUCUGCUGGCCGUACUGGAUCGUCGAGAUUUAUGCAAAUUUCACCUAUUUCAACAAUAUCAACACAAUCUUUCUAAAGACACGUCCCUUUGAGCCACUUUUCCGAGAUCCGUGGUGGGUCUUCACAACCGUCUCCCUCUUCUGGACGAUCAAACGCGAAUAUAAUUUCGGACUGUGGGAAUUAGUCCAGAUUAGCCCACGAUUCGGAAUCAUGCUGCUUUCGAUGUGCCUGUCUAUUGCCUUUAUCGUUGUUGACUUGCUCAGCGUCCUCAAUGUCUUUACUGACUCGCUACCUACGGGAAUUGAGCCCUUUUGGAAGUUAUCUUUCAUCUUCAAAUGUCUCUGCGACACGGUAAUCCUCGAUGACUUCAAAACCGCCCUCGACCAUAUGCGCAACUACUGGUUACGCAAGCAGGCCAACGGUGAGCUCUUACUGACGAGUCCCAACGGCCGCUCACCCCGGCGGGGAGUACCCAUUGGCGAUGAUCUCGAGGCGGACGCUGGACCGAUCGGUGCACAUAGGCUUGUGCGUAGUAAUAAAUCAUUCUCUGUGCCGAGGGUUGUGCUCAGGGAGGAUGUAUAA